GCUGUAUACUUUGGGGAGGUCACGCAGAUACAGAUACGCGGGUUUAUGCACCUGCAUUAUAAGUAGAAAAGAGCCAUGACAAUCUCAGCCCACAAUGUCCUUCUUGACUUGAUCUAAUUCGACUCGAGUCUCGAACAAAAUCAAAUAUGAACAAAUAUGGGUUUGAUCAUUAGUGAUAUGGGAAUGUCGGAUGGGACCUACAAAUUUUAAGUUGGAUUUGGUCGAUUUUCUGAGUUUAACAUUAAAUUGGUUUUGAUUGAUGUAUUCGGGUUGGGAAAAACUUUGGACAUAUAAGAUGUUUGAUCCCGGUCUGAGUUGAACAACUUGAGAAGAAUAUGAAGUAUAUAUGACUGAGCAUCUAUAAUUGGACAGAGUUUUUCAUUUGAAACCCAGUUUGGCCCUGAUUUUAUUAUUAUUUCAUUGCAAGUGUGUGAAAAUGACUCUGUACUCUGGUUUUGCGUAGUAAUAAAAAAAAUUGGACUUUUCCAUCAUAAAACAAAUAUUUUAUUUCCGUUUAAUUGGUGACGAAUAAUAUUAGUUAGUUUUCAGGUAACUAUCUCUAAUGUACAGUAAGUCAUCCAAAAUUUUAGGCUUUAUAUUAGUUCGACGAGGAUCGAUGGUCCUACCAGAACCACUAAAUGUUCUUUCACUAGGUCCACUAGUCGCAGGGACGCAUAGUCUCCUUUUCGCUAAUAUAUAGAGCUUCGGGAAAUUCUUUUCAUUUUCUUUCCAAAAUGUUUGCACAACCAGUUUUGAUUCUGUAUGCUUUGAGUACAUCGCUGUUUGAAUGUACGACUUAAGUUCGUGCUCGUCUCGGUUGUCAAUUAUGCCUUCAUAAACCGAAUAUCUUGCUCUUUUACUAUGAGAGGCUGUUUCUGUUUCAGGAAGUGUGAUGUCUUUCAUUAAAUUAAGAGCUUCAAUAAAAACGUGAUUGCGUUGUGUAUCUGUCAACAUCUCCAUAUGUCUGUAACGUGGAUCCAGGAAAGUAGCAAUUUUGUACUCCAUCAACACAGGUAAUUUUUCUUCCAAAUACUUCAAAGCAUAUUUAGCGAGAGUCUUAACCGGUCCAAUAAAUUGUCCAUCAGUCAAAUGUUUCAAUAUUUCUACACGCCACAAAAAAAUUAAGUUGAAAGUAGGAUAAUUCUCUCCUUCUAAAUGAUCACUGGCUUCCUUAAAAGGUUCUAAGAAUCUUAUGAUCUCAUUCGCCAAAUCCAAUCGAAAUGACCAGUUGUUACGUUGUGUUUCCGUUAACAAAGACAUUAUAUGGUCAUACUGCUUAGUGACGGAAGAUAAAAGUGUCAGCUUUGAAUUCCAUCUCGAUUCCGUUUCUUGCUUAACCGUGAAUGGCAGUUCGUUUAGCUUAGAACUUUGUUUAAAAUGACGGACAAUGGCUUUGCAGUUAUCAAUUAAUAUUUCAACUUCGACUGGAGCGUGUUUUUCAAAAGUGUUGGCUAAUAUUCUGUUUAGAACAUGAGCUACACAAUUUUUUCUGUUGAAUUUCCUGCCCUUAAAAGCACAAACCAUAUUUCCUCCUUUAUCGGUCACCAUUGGCAUAGCAAAAAAAUCAUUUUCAUUGAAACCCAGUUCUUUGAAUUUUGCCAAAAUUUCAUUUCGAAUUGCCACACCGGUUUUCUUUUUGACGUUGAACAAAGACGUGAAGAGAACUUUAUUUUGAAGACAAAAAUCUUCGUCGAAGAAGUGAAUGGUCAUUGUUAAGUAAUUGUUCUUUUUGUGGUCGUCGCACCAUCCAUCGCUUGUUGCUGCACAUUCACCGUUUUUCAAUGCUUUUUCAAUUAUGGGAAAAAGUUCUGUGUGUUUCUUAAGCUUUACAUCUGAUACGUUCCUAGAAAUAGUUGUCGGAUGUGGCAGGACGUUAUUCACAUCUAUGACACCAUGUUCUGCACCGACUGAUAUGAAAUGUUGCGCCAAAUUGAUGAAACCUUUGCCCUUAAUAAUUUCGAAAGGCCUGAUAUCUGGAGCACAAAACUCUCCAAUCUUCGCAGUAAGAACUUUCUUUUCUUUAUUGAGAGUCUCUUUUGGAAGCAUUUUGCGAUUCUUAAAGUUUUUGUAGAUGAUUUAAUUUGCUAUUCGUGACUGUAUAAUUCUUUGCUUACUUAGAAAGAAAAUUUUAUCGAAAAUAAUUGCUAGGAACAAAUCUGAACAUCUCGAUGCAUCGUUUUCUUUUGGGAAAGCAGAGAAAAUAUUGGGUGGAACAAUGUCGCUCUUUAUUUUUCUUUGUUGCAAAAGUAACAGUUUGACCGGAUAGAGUAUUUAUUUCAUCCCAAAAUAUGUUAUUUUUAAUACUUUCGAGGUGUGAACAUUUGAAAUUAAGUGAGAUAUCAACGAAGUGUGCGUAGUACAGUUUCUGUAAAAAGAGUGAAAAAUACAGUUGUCAGCAAUAAUUAUGGAGGAAGAAGUUACUGAUACCGAUGAUAAAGAUCAGCCCCAAUUAAGAAAGGAGGAAAAAAUAUUGCAGAUUGAAGAGACGUUGAAAGGGCUCGAGAAUGGAACAUUGGAACUUUACAAAAGUACAGGACGUUCCCCAGUCUGGAAAAAAUUCAUGUUGAUAAGAAAUGUUCAGACAAAAAAACGAAUCGAAUUUAUUCAAUGUAUGGAAUGCAAGACGCUUCUAACAUUCAAAGAGUACAGUGGUAGCUCACACUUACAUCGUCAUAAAUGCCAUAUUGAUGAAAGUGCACCCGAUGCAGCAUCGAAAUAUAGGAUUUUAGUACCCGAAAUGGCUAGACAAGUCCAAGAUCUGUUAAUUCGAAACAUGAUGGAGUAUUGUGCAGAUGAGUUUGUUACAUGGGAAAAAAUGUGUCAGUCCCCGAAAUUUGUUACGUAUGCUCAGUCGUUCGUUUCUCUUGCACAAAAACACGGUAAUGUCUGUCUUAAGGACUUGUUUCCCGAUUCCAAUGCAAUGAAUAGAGCAAUGUCAAAAUUCAAGGACGAAAACAACCGUGAGAACUACCAAAAUAUUCGACAAGCAUUAAAUAACGAUUGGUGCUCGGCAUCCCUGUGCAUCAAGAAGUUUGAAGGUUCAACAGAAAAAAGUUUGUUGAUGAUGCGGGUACCAUUUUAUGCAAAUAAUUUGUCUGGAUUGAUAAAUAGAGCCAUCUUCGCUGUUCCAUUCGAUCGAAGAAGCUCCGAAUUUUUUUUACGAAAUUUGGUGGAUGGAUUCAAGCACUUCGGUGGCGACGAAAAUGAUCUUCAUCGUAUGAAGAUUGUUACACCGAAUGACACAAUUUUCUUGAAGACUUUGAAUUUUCCAUUUUCUCGCCGGAAAUGUAUGGUCAAUGCGAUCACAGACGUAUUGGACAAAGCAUUUGAAAACUGUGAAUCAGAUGAACUAAAUGAUUUCCUUGUAAGCUGUAGAAAAAUCGUAAAAUAUAUCAAUGAUUCCGUUUUAUACGAUUUCGUGCUGGAAGCUGAUAAUGGAUCGUGGAAAGAUAAAUUGAUGAUGAUGGAGUCAAUUAAUAACAAUUACGUUGAAAUGCUGUCGAUUUCAAACAGUGAUAAUAAGUUCACGUUUCAUUUCAAUAAAAGAAAAUCGGAAGAGUUCGUUGCAUUGAUUUCACCAUUUGUUGAAGCUAUCGAUGACCUAUCUGCAACUACCUACACAACAGCGAAUAAAGUUUUUGUUUGGUGGGCCGUACUGUAUGAACAUAAUCAUUAAAUGAUUAUUCGAGUGAUUUGAAGGAAUUUAUGAUUAAUGCGAGAGACGCUUUCGUAUUGGCUUUUCCAGUAACAAUGGAAGAUAAAAUCAAUUCGUUUUUAGACCCGAGAUUCAAGCAGCUUCUAAUGUUAACUGAGGCUGAGCGAUCUGAUGUAAUGCUUGAAGUACGGAGUCUGUUGAAGGAAACUAGCAACGACAAUGAAGCUACUUCGUCUACUGGAAUAAGUAGACCUAAAAAAAGCCGGAUUGAAAAUUUUGAGUCGCAGAAACAUCCUGAAAAGCCUAAGGCUCGAGUCCAGCUUUCCAAUAAGGAAAAGGGAUCCAGCAGAUUAGCUAAAUUCGAAGUACAGAAUUCAAAAGCAACUGAGAACGACAAAGUCACCAUCUAUCUAAAACUGCCUCUGUUAAACAGCUCCCACUUCGAAUUUGAGUUCGACAUAAUCAAGAAAUUCUGGGUAUCGAAACAGAAGGUUCUACCAAAAUUAUUCAAGUUAGCUGUCACGCGACUUCACGUACCAGCAUAUUGUGGCAGCGUUGGACCAAGUGCAAUCGAUAUGAAGGAGGAUUUGGCCGAAGACUUACUAAAAGAUCUGCUUAUCAUUGGAGAACAACUUAAGAAACAAUAGGAAGUGCAGUCAAUAAUCCAUCACACACACAAUCCAAAACAAUGGUUUUUGUUGUUCUACCGCCGUACAUUAUUUACAUGUUGCGAGUUAUAUGUUACAUCUCAUCUGGUUGAAAUGGGCAAUCGAUCGCCGUAAUUGUUAUUGUAAAUCUCAUUAUUUUCAAAAUAAAUUUUAAUGUAAAAUU